AUGGGCCAGGGUCAGCUUGAUUUGCUCUUCCGUAAACUCAACAGUCUGGAGAAUCAAUUGACAGACUUGAAGCGAGAAAUCCGCCGGAAUAAUGGCGAUCCGCACAAUGGAGCUAAUGGCAGUGACGAUGCUACCAGCAGUGAUGGCAAUCGGACGAGAGAUCAUACUGCUGUCCACGGCUUGCAUACCAAAAAUGACUCGGGCGAGAUAGUACACCUCGGUGGCGGCUCGGUCCCAGCAAUGCUUUACGCGCUCAGCCAAGGCCAAACCCCCAAUCAUGCAGAACAACAACAGCUGCAAGAAUUCCUUGGAAAGUCGGUUCUGCCAAUGUUUGGACUCGACAAUGAGUCUGCCACAUAUCCUUUCGUUGAUCUGUGGGGGCUGCCACACGGAUCUUUACAGAGAGCCCGCGAGUUGGCGAAAGCUUUACCAAGCGAUAGCCAGAUGCUGAGUCUGUUCGCAAGCUAUCGCGACCUGGGCUACAUCAUCUAUCCAGGCAUUGCAGAUCUCAAACUACUCGAACAGGAUCUCACAGGCUUCUUAGUCACACGCGCGUCUUAUAAUAAUCCAGAUGAUGGCGUAACUGAACACUCCUUGUUCGGCAGAAGCUUCUACUGGUUAGGCAUGCUCUUCGCAGUUCUUGCAAGCGGAGCUCAAUGCAGUGCACGAACGCGGAAAGAGCGAGAACUUACCUCGCAAGUAUACGUGUGCUGUUCUUUCGAAUCUCUGCGAUUCUGUAACUUCCUGUCACAGCCGCACAUUGAGAGCAUACAAGCACUCAUCAUCAUCGGCAAUGUCAUGACGAAUAACAUGAAUGCUGGCACGGCCUGGUCGGUCCUUGGAUUGACUAUCAGACUCGCCCAAGGGCUAGGCCUGCACCAAGCAUGCCCGCCCGCGGUCCCAACCGAUGUCGUCUUUCCACGAUCGAAAGUGUGGUGGGCUAUCGUGUGGCAAGACAGUCUACUUUCCAUCACAUAUGACCGCAACGCUUCGCUGGACGUUGGCAGCCAGCCGAUGCCACAGCAUUUUGGUAUUCAUGUGGCGCGGAUCAAUCAACAUCGCGAAGAGAUCGCGAACAUUAUGCGCGACGCUGCCGAGCAUCUUCGCGAUUCGAGGAAAUGUACGUCCAGUCGAGAGACACUUGAACACUGGGCGCUGUACCUGCACACAAGCUACGCCAUGUCAGAGCUUUGCCGGCCGGCCAUAAGUCCAAGGACUUCAAGCGAGCUUGUCAAAGGUUUCAAGUCGGUGUGCGUUGAGAACCUCGUCAACACAAUCGAAGCCUUUCUCGGCCUCAACAACAUCACAUUCUUCGCGCGACAAUCAUGGGCUGCCGUGCACCGAGCACUCAGCUCUGCACUCCUCCUCGGGAUUCUUGGAGAACACAGAGUCAACGAGCGUGCUCGUAAGCUGAUUGGUCGUUUCAUCACUCUUAUGAGUGACAUCACUUCCACAGUGGAUCCUACCGAAGCCUCAGCACCGGUCCAACGAGGUAUUACUGCUCUUCGCAAGCUCAACAUCGAGGAAGCUAGAAGCUCAUUCAACGAGCUCACACCUACCGAUGGAGGCGCAACUGUUGCACCCGUGGACAAUGACGGAACGCUGAAGAUUGAUCACAGCCAGAUCUUCACUCCGGCCAACUCAGAUACUACCGUAACGGCCGAAGAAGAGAAUUCGCCGUAUUCGAUUCUGAAUACGAUUUUAUGGGGAAAUGUCAGUGGAGGCAUCGGCGGAAAUACGUCUGACGCGCAGCCUAUGUAA